AACAGCAGAAUAUGAAGCGGCGAGGCGCGUAGGUGCCGGUAUCCGCGCUACCUCUCGGGCGUCAAGAAAAGCGGUUCUACCGCCUCGGCUGCCAUGAGCCACGCCGCUUCCUCCGAGUUGUCUGACGGGGAACUUCUGAAUUAUAUCUCUAUAGUCAUGGCAGUGUUACUGUAUUUAUUUAUUGUAUAUGUCUCUGUACCAUUGAGUGUUCGACUGUUCCCUUCAAUAAUAAGAAAAUUUGUAUAUCUCAAUUUUUUGGCUUACCCUUUUGGAGUAGAUUAUAAUAAGCCUGAGGUAUUUGUAAAGAACACCCAAAACUUCUAUCUUAUCUCUGAACCAGGAAUCACUUUUGGCAUUUGGUAUACUCUAGCAGACAACAGACGGAAGGAAGCUGAAGGAAAAGACUUCAGCUGGUAUGAAGAGGCCCUUGCAGAUGAUAACCCCGUCAUCAUCUAUCUCCACGGCAAUGGGGGUACCAGGGCAACAAGUCACCGAGUUAAUUUCAUAAAGGCAAUGAGUGAUGGUGGCUUCCAUGUCUUGACUAUGGACUACAGAGGCUACGCAGACUCUACUGGUAAACCUAGUGAAAAAGGCUUUACAACAGAUGUUCUCUGCCUUUACAACUGGGUAAAAGCACGGAGUGGAAAUAGCACAAUCAUCUUCUGGGGACACUCCCUGGGCACCGGAAUUGCUACCAAUACUGCCAGAAAGCUGAAAGAACAAGAAGGUAUCUUAGUGGAUGCAAUCAUCCUGGAGGCUGCUUAUACCACCAUCCGGGAUGCAGCUGCCAGCAUCCCACUAACAACAAUCUACCGCAAGUUUCCUGGCUUUGAAUAUUUCAUUUUGGACACCAUGGCCCGAGCUGACAUGUUCUUUCUGAAUGACGAAAAUGUCAAAGUGUUAUCUAGUCCUAUUUUGAUCUUGCAUUCAGAAGAUGACAAGAUGAUACCUAUACAACAAGGAAGAAAGCUUUUUGAGAUCACAUACAGUGCCUCUGAGAAGAAAGACAACAUCAAAUUUCUUUCCUUCCCACCUUCCAUGGGUUUGGGGCACGACCACAUCUCCUCUCAUCCCGAGGUCGCUUCCAUUCUCAAAGACUUCCUCAAGAGCAUUACGUAGGAUCAGCAAUCAAGUAGACAGUGACUUUACAGCAACCUCAAGGAGACAUCUGCUCUUGCCACGGAUAUUAAAAUAACGAACAGUUCGAAGAAGAAAAAGUGGAUUUCAGUUUAUUUUAUCAGGUGAAAUUUGCAGGUGUACAUUACAGAACAUUACUGGGCAAAAAUACAGGAGCUUUUGAGUCUAGCAAAGAUUUCUUCUUUUUAUAUAAAUGCAUCUCAUCUUGAGUGCUAUAAGCCUUAUUUCAGCAGAACAUCUUUUUUGUCUCAGCAUGUCUUCUUACUCACAGUUAUGUUGCCAGUAUGAAUCAAUUUGAUUUAUAGUGUAUACUAUACAGGGCAACUUCCUUAAAGGCCCAAUGCUGUCAUUAAUACCUGCUGAAAGGCUCAAGGUGUUCUUCAGAAUACUUCAAAUAACUAUCAUUGCUAAGUAGGAGCAUAUGCUCACCCUUUGAAAGAAGAACAUGUAAUCCAGAUUCUAUACAAAACACUACAAAUUCUGUGUUAACGCUGUCCUUUCUUAAAAUGUAUUCUUUCUGCUAAUACCUCAUUUCAUGAAUGUACAUCUUGGACAACCCCUUUCAUUUUCUUUAAAAGACGACGAUUGAGCAAAAUAGAAU